GAGAGACAGAUCUCACAGAUAUCUGAGCGGCAUUGCCUCUGAGGACGAAAUGGGAAAAACAACAAACAGGAGCAUCAGUGCUCUUCAAAGCUCAGAAUGUCAACAAAACAUCCCUCUGAGGAAAGGUCCAGUGAAAUGUCCAAAAUGUCACACCGAGAUAAAUCUGUGUCACUGUUUGGAGGAUGGAGAAAAUUUCAGAUGGGGCCUAGAAGAUUCAAGAUUUCACACAGGGGAGAAACACAAAUGCUUUAGCUCUGACCUUAAAGCACCUCAACCAAUGCUUUCUGAAGAGAAAGUCUAUAAGUGCAGAGAGUGUGGCAUGAGCUUCAAGGGAAGUUCACAACUUCAAAGACAUCAAAGAAUACACACAGGAGAGAAAGCAUACAAAUGUCCUGAAUGUGGUGAGGCCUUCAGAUGCAAUUCACAUCUUCACGUACAUCAGCGAAUUCAUAGAGGAGAGAAGCCCCAUCAGUGCAAUGAAUGUGGGAAAAAGUUCAGCCAAAAGUCAAACCUUGUAGUACAUCAGCGAGUUCAUACAGGAGAAAAACCCUAUAAAUGUGAAGAAUGUGGGAGGAGUUUCAGCCAAACUGCAAAUCUUGUAAUACAUCUACGAAUUCACUCAGGAGAAAAGCCCUAUAUAUGCAAAGAAUGUGGAAAAAGUUUUAGUCAUCCCUCAGCUUUUAAGGUACAUCAGCGCCGGCAUUCAGGGGAGAAACCUUAUUCUUGUAAAGAAUGUGGGAAAUGUUUCUUCCGGAGCGGUCAUCUUCAAGUACACCAGCGGGUUCAUACAGGAGAGAAACCCUAUAAGUGUAAAGAGUGUGGAAAAUGUUUCAGUAAGUCCUCAAAUUUUAGAGUACAUCGGCGCCGGCAUUCAGGGGAGAAACCUUAUUCUUGUAAAGAAUGUGGGAAAUGUUUCUUCCGGAGCGGUCAUCUUCAAGUACACCAGCGAGUUCAUACUGGAGAGAAACCCUACGAGUGUAAAGAAUAUGGGAGGAGUUUCAGCCAAAUUGCAAAUCUUGUAAUACAUCAACGAAUUCACUCAGAAGAAAAACCCUCUGCAUGCAAAGAAUGUGGGCAAUGUUUCAGUCGUUCCUCAGUUCUUAAAGACCAUCAACGCUCACAUUCAGGGGAGAAAUCCUAUCGUUGCAAAGAAUGUGGAGAAGGCUUCUGUUGUAAUGCUCAGUACAUCAAACAUCAACAGAUGCACAGAGAGGGGAACCUUUGAAACGUGCAGGAAAUGAACUUCGUAAAUUCCACCCAUAUUUCCAGUCAGGGUAGAACACAUAAGCUGUUGUGAACCUAUGAAUGUACCUCAGAAAGAAACCUUAUGGUGGCUGCAAAGGGCAUAAUCCCCUCAACUUCAUUGAAUUCGCUUUCUCCGACGGCGCUACAAAACUCACAUUCCUAAUGGCUUUUUACAGCAAUAAGUGGAUGAUUAACAAGCAUGAUGCUCUGAAUGAGCUUUUGAGGGUGGGAACGCCGUUACAGAAAGAAAACAUGAUUUGUGCAACUUCUUUCCUUGUGUUCUGUGAUGUUUUGAUUAUUUUAAUCUUUGAUUGUUUUAAUUUUACUGAGAUGGUUUUAACAUGAUUCUAACCUCAUCAUUUUAUGAAAGUUGCCUUGGAACGGAAAUAAACGUUCAGACUGGAAUGAGGCCUCUUCAGAUUAUCAGACUGAAUUCUGCAAACAGGGAUCCUGAGUGGAUGAAUGUGAAUAAUCUUGAGCCUAUUUACAGGAGAGCAAAGUUUGUUCUCAUACAUGGACAACAAGGGGAAGAUGAGAAACCUAAUGAAUAAG